GGUCGGCAAUUGAUCUAUCUAUAUAGCCCUCAGAAUUCUUUGCUAUAUCUGGAGCAGAGCCAAAGACGCAGAAGCUAAAGUGAGCUCAGGAAACGCGAUCAAAGAACAAAAAAGAGAUAGAAUAGUCAAGCUUCAGCUCUUUGUGUAAUACUUGUGUCUGUACAAAUAAAAAGAAUUAAUCAAAAUGGUGAGCACAACACUUAAAGUGCGUGGCGACGAGAACGCUUCGGAGAAUUUCCAACAAGUGCAACUGAAGAAAUUGACAGGGCCUUCACAGGAGGCAACAACAAAACGCGCUGCUUUGGGAGAUUUGCUCCAGCCCACAGAUGCCCGUCCCAAUGCCAUGGCUCGAGUGGAUAAUUACUGGAAAAUGGCACAGAAAAACAUCAGUAAUGGCAAUACCGCCGCUCCACCCAAAGAAGGGGGCGUUUCGGCACUUUUGUGCGCAAAUUCGAUGCGCAAUCGCAUUCCGGCCAAGACGGCUGUGAAAUCCACUAAGCUAACAGCAAGUACCAACGAAAAUGUUAACGAGCCCGCCUUAAAACACGAUUUCAGCAACCUGUCUAAGAAAUCACUGACAAAGCUGAGAGCUGCAUUAGCCAAACCCGCGAUGGGGGUUCCCGAAAUUCUUCGGGAACCAGUGGCCAAGAAGGAAGUGACCAGGAUGCCUCUCAUCGCUGCAACCACCUCAACGAUGCCAACCAUCAUGUCUCUUUCCAGCAAGCGAUUGGCUGGGAUCGAGGACAUCGAUGCCAACGACAAGGAGAACCUGGUGCUGGUCUCCGAAUAUGUGAACGACAUCUACGAAUAUUUAUACCAGGCGGAACAGCAACAACCCAUACACAAGGAUCACCUGGCCGGGCAGAAGGAGGUGUCUCACAAGAUGCGAUCCGUGCUGAUCAAUUGGAUUAACGAUGUCCACUUGCAGUUCCACCUGGCUCCAGAAACCUUCCAGCUAACGGUGGCCAUUAUCGAUCGUUAUCUGCAAGUGGUUAAGGACACCAAGCGCAACUAUUUGCAAUUGGUGGGAGUGACUGCCCUCUUUAUUGCUACCAAGUACGAGGAGCGGUGUCCGCCGGCCAUCGUGGAUUUGGUUUUCAUCACGGACGAUACAUACACAGCCCGGCAGAUCCGUCAAAUGGAGCUGCAGAUCUUAAAAGCCAUCGACUGCAAUCUGUCGCGUCCGCUGCCGAUUCAUUUCCUGCGGCGUUACUCGAAGGCUGCCGGCGCGGAGGAUAAGCACCAUGCAAUGUCCAAAUACUUAAUUGAGCUAGCUUCUGUGGACUACGAUAUGGCCUCCUAUAGGCCAUCGGAGAUUGCAGCUGCUUCGCUGUUCCUGUCGCUGCACUUGCUCAAUGGAAACUAUCGGGCUGGGACAGGAUUCAACGACCGCCACUGGACUCCCACCUUGACCUACUACUCGCGUUAUUCGGCUGCCCACUUGCGACCCAUUACACGGAUAAUUGCGAAGCUGGCCCGGGAUGCUCCCCAGGCCAAACUGAAGGCCAUCUUCAACAAGUACCAGGGCAGCAAUUUCCAGAAGAUUGCCCUGCGAGCUGAGCUAAACGGUGCCCUGAUGGACUCCAUCGUGGGCCAGAGUCAAUGGUAGAAGGAAAGA